AUGGGCAUAUCGCCGGAAACCCUCGCUCUCCAGAACAGCGUAACCUCAGCUGCAAUCAUCGACGAGUUCAAGAGCGAUGCCGCCUUCAAGCAGGUGGCAGAGCGGUUGAUGAAAGAGAUCAUGCAGCGAGACCAAGAAGAUGGGGACAAGCUGGCGAAGGGAAUUCAGCUUGCAGUAGACAAGAAAGUCCUGCCAGCUGACGUAAAAGUGGAGCCGAUCACGAAGAUUAGCGUCUCAGGGAAGAGUGCUGACCAAGUAGCCGACGAAAUCAUUGCAGCCCUUGGCGAUGCCCCCUCCAAGGGCUGCGUCAUGACACUGCAGGGCCUUUCGGGCACAGGCAAAGGCACGACCGUCGACAAGCUCAGAGAGAAGCUGCCGAACGCCCAGACCUGGAGUAACGGCAACCUCUUCCGGUCGAUCACGCUGUUGGCAGUGACCCAUGCUGAGCAGAAGGGCUGUGAGCUUCAAGAUGUGUUGACUCCAUCUGACCUCGCGACUUUCUGCGGCAUGCUGGAGUUCGGAAAGUUCAAUGACAAGUGGGAUGUCAAAAUUGAAGGUUUGGGCUGCAAGUACUUUGUCUCCGAAGUCGAGAAGACGGUGCUUAAGGAGUCCAAGGUGGGAAAGAACAUCCCAACGGUUGCAGAGGUCACGCAGGGAGAAGUUGUCAACUUCGUGCAGAAAGCAUUGGAGUUGAUGGCAGCAGGUGGCACAAAUGUGCUGCUGGAAGGGCGGGAGCAGACGUUGAACCACAUCCGCACACCGAACCGAUUCGAGCUGGUCUUGGAUGAGCCAGUGAUUAUUGGAAUGCGGCAGGCAGCUCUUCAGAUGGGCGGCAAGGCCAACGACAAGGUGAAAGCCAUGGAAAAGCCGGAUGAGGCCGCGGUCAAGGCGGCCCUGGAGGAAGUGUUGGCGAGCAUGGCCUGA